UAUUCGUGCGAAAGGUAGGGAUUACGGUCUGAUCCUUGUACUCGGGUACGCAAUAAAGUUUAAAAUUUACAAACGAAAUGGCAGCGCGGCAUUCUUUUGCGGCGUUGUCGCUGUUAAUAGCAGUAUUUGCGCAUAACUGCUAUGCUGAAGAAUCGACAGUUUUAGCGGUUUCAGGAUCACCAUUUAAAAAUGAUCUCGCUUAUAUGUUUUAUAAAGAAGGAUCGCAAAUUGGAGCUGAAACAUUGAAUGCUACACUCAGAGCGUACGAUGACUCUAAAUGUCUGAGGGAUAUUGAUCGCAUAUCACAAGCACUUGAUGAAUAUUACGAAUGGGCUAUUGAGUUUCCCGACACUUGGGGUCGACUACCUGUUGGCUUGAUGUGGGGCCAUGCAUUAAGUUUCGGUGCCUAUGAAGAAUGUCUUGCCGCUUCUUGGCAAUUCAGUGAAGAUGAUGUAUUGCGCGGUCAGUACUGCCUAGCACGAGUACCAAUCAAAAAAUAUAUGGAUGAGAUUAAGCCACGUGAAUCGACGGUUCAAGCAAGAAUCAGUUACAAAUACCAAAAACCCGAAGUAUUCGAACUGGGUAUUUGUAUACCAAGUUCAUGUUCAGCUGAACUGGGUAACCAAAUAUUGACUGGAGUAAUGAAUAAAUACUACGAUGCUGGAAUUACUUCAACUAUGAUCGCCGAAAAAUACUGUAAAUAUGAACAACCUGUGAAGCUACGUGGUAUCGACAUUUUUGCUAUUGUCUUCUUCAGCUUCAUUGUUUUCUGCAUGUUAGCCAGCAGUGUUUACGAUUACAUUAAAACGAAAAAUAAUGAACCGAAAAAGCCACUUUUCAUUGCUUUCUCUGUACUCACUAAUGCUCCAAAGAUUUUUACUGUCAAAAAGAGCAACAAUCCUAAUGUCAUUCAAUGCCUCAACGGUUUGCGUUGUUUCUCAAUGAUGUGGGUUGUAUUUGGUCAUGGUUACAUGACUUUCUACGAGCUACCUCAUAUUAACAAAGAUAAAGUCUAUACCUGGAUCGAAACUCCAUAUUCCAUGCUAGUCCAGAAUGCUACACUCUGUGUGGAUACAUUCUUUUUCAUGUCGGGUUUAUUGAUGUUGUGGGGCGCCUUCCGUGAAAUGGAACGCACUAAAGGAAAACUGAACCUAGGUAUGAUGUAUUUCCAUCGUUAUAUACGUUUGACUCCAGUCGUAGCUGUUGUUAUUCUCUACAUUAUGUCGCUUUACAAAUACUCGGGUCAUGGCCCUAUGUGGAUGAAGAUCGGAACUCAAGAUGAGCGUUGUUCGGACACAUGGUGGGCAACUCUGUUGUAUGUACAGAAUUAUGCCUUCCCUAAGAAGAUUUGCAUCAGUCAGUCUUGGUACUUGGCUGUCGAUACACAGCUCUACGUGCUUUCACCACUAAUCCUUAUUCCACUUUGGAAAUGGGGCAAAAAGGCGCUCGCUCCAAUCAUUCUUUUAGGUGUUCUUUGUAUGGCCGGCACUUUCGCUACCUUCAUGGUUUGGAAAUUCACUCUCUUCCGUGUGGAUGAUGAUCAUGUUGAUGAUCGCCAACGUUGGACUUAUUAUCCGACGCACACCCGUGUACCCACUUGGUUGAUUGGUGUCAUCUUUGGUUACUUCUUGUAUACCAAGAAUCGUGGCAGGCAAAUUCCAUUGGCUAAAAAAUGGGUCAUUACCGGUUGGGUGUUGGCAUUUGGUGUUAUGUUGACCGAUAUGUGGGGACCUUAUUGGCGUAUCCUACCCGAGAAUCCCAGUGCACCAAUUAUUGAAGGUGCAUUCUACGAACCAUUAAGUCGUGCUUCUUGGGCCAUCGCUAUCGGCUGGAUUGUGUGGGCCUGCUACAAUGGUCAUGGUGGAAUCAUCAAUGAUUUCCUUUCAUGGGGCUUCUUCACUGGCUUCAGCCGUCUCACAUACUGUAUGUAUGUAAUCCACAGAAUUGUUCAACUGGUGAAUGGUGGCCGUAUUCAAACCGAUACCCACUUUGGCGAUUACGAAAUGGUUCUUCGCUGGUGGCAUGAUUUCGGCAUUUCUCUAACUCUUUCCAUAUUCGCCACAUUGGCUUUCGAGGCACCUAUUUUGGGAAUUGAGAAGGCAAUUUUUGGACAUGGUGAAAGUAAACCAGCACCUAAAAAAAUAGAACCAACAUCUGCUCCUACUACCGCUGAGAAGACUGACACUGAAGUGACAGUAGAAGUGGCCAAAGCUUAAGAACGACCAGCAUAUUAUGGUCUCUACUCGAGUAUUCUGAUAAGUUCAGGAUAGAUAUUAGCCAAAGAACCAUUAAAAUUAAAUUCAUUUAACGAAAACAAGAAAUCGUAUUAUAUACGUUUUAUAAUGUUAAAGAAAACUAAAUAAAUUGUAUAUACUUAACAAUAUUAUUAUGGAAUCAA